AUGUCUUCGUAUAAACUGGAGAAGCUGAAGUUACCACCGGGUUAUAAGCCUGGAAAAUGGAGACCAUUCCACGUUGCAGGCCCAAGUUCGUUAACAAUCGAGAGGACAACCAUCACAAGGUUCGACCAUUUCUUGACAUUCGUAUUGUUAGCUCUUUCCAUUCUAAUUAGAUUGUAUAAUAUUCCUUUUCCUAACAAGGUUAUAUUUGAUGAAACUCAUUUUGGUGGAUUUGCAAGAAGUUAUUUUAGAGGAGAAUUUUUCGUUGACGUGCAUCCUCCGUUAGCUAAGUUAAUGUACUAUUCGAUUGCAAUAUUGUGUGGAUGGAAUGGAGAUUUUGAAUUUGCUGAGAUAGGAGAUACCUUUGAUGACAAUGUGCCUUAUGUGGCAAUGAGAUUAUUUUCAGGGAUUUGUGGAGUGUUGACUGUCUUACUCACGUUUGGUAUUUUAAGAGCAUCAAACUGUAGAUCAGCAGUGGCAUUUUUUGGUGCAUUCCUAGUUUUAAUUGAAAAUUCGUUGGUUACCCAAUCAAGAUUAAUUAUGCUUGAUGGACCAUUGAUUUUUGGAGUAGCGCUUUCCGUUUUGGGGUUCAAAAGAUUUCAAUUGGCGGAACCAUUCACAAAAAAAUGGUUUAAAUUCUUAAUCAUGACCGGUAUAGGUCUAGGAAUUACAAUGUCAAUUAAAUUGACUGGAUUAUUCACAGUUGCUUGGGUCGGAGUAUUGACUGUAAUUCAAUUGUGGAGCUACCUUGGUGAUUUAGAGGUUUCCGACAGACAAUGGUUUAAACAUGUGUAUUAUAGAGUGUUUGGGUUGAUAGUUGUACCUUUAACAAUUUACUUGGGUUGUUUCGCUAUCCAUUUUAUAAAUCUCCCAUUCAAUGGGCCUGGGUCUGGAGCGGUUUCCCCAAGUUUCAAAGCUACAUUCCAUGACUCUCAAGAUUUAAAAAAUACUCCCGUCGAUGUAUCAUACGGUAGUACUGUUACAAUUAAACAUAAAAAUAUGGAAAGCUAUUUGCAUUCCCAUGACCAUACAUAUUAUACUGGCUCGCACGAACAACAAGUUACGCUUUACGGAUUCGACGCUGAUGAAAAUAAUGAAUGGAUUAUAGAAACUAAGAAUAAAAGUCCAAUUGGCCAAUUACAGGGAAAAUUCAGGCCAGUUAAAGAUGGCGAUAUUGUAAGGUUAUAUCAUAAAUCAACAGGAAAGUAUCUUACAGUCAAUGAAGAGAAACCUCCAAUUUCAGAACGUGAUUAUUCAAAUGAAGUGGCAUGUUCCGGUGAUCGUGAUAUGUUAGGUAACGAAAAUUAUGAAUUUAAAGUAAGAAUAGUUAAAAGUGAAACCCAUGCGACACUGAAUCUUCCUAUGAUUAAAGUCAGAGCUACAGAAACUCUUUUCCAGUUAGUCCACCGUUCCAGAGGAUGUGUUGUAAUCGCACAUGAAGACAAAUUACCAGAUUGGGGAUUCAAUCAAAAUGAAGUAUUAUGUAUUGAUGAACCGACAAUACCUAACACCAUGUGGUAUAUUGAACACAAUUCACAUCCCAUGCUUGACAAUGAUAGUGAUGCUGAAAAAGUACACUUUAAGAGCUACUCGUUCUUUAACAAGCUAGUUGAAUAUCAUUUGGCAAUGUGGAGAAUUAACAAAAGCUUUACGGAUAAACAUCCUUAUUCCUCGAGUCCAGAAUCCUGGCCGUUUUUGUUAAGGGGAAUUAAUUUCUUUAGUAAUGAAGCCGGAUCUUCUAACGAAUUGCACGAUGAAGAUGGAAGCCAUAUUUAUUUAUUAGGUAACGUUGCUAUAUACUACGUUGGGUUUAUUUUAAUUUCACUUGUGAUAGCAAAGAACAUAAUCAAACUAUUCAAGGUUAUGAAUCCCUUCGGUUUAACUUACGAUCCUCCAUAUGUAUCGACUUUCCAAUCAAAUGGGUUUGAAUUUGUCGUUGGCUGGAUGUUACAUUAUUUUCCAUCAUACCAGAUGUCGAGACAACUAUUCUUACACCACUACCUUAGUUCAUUGUUCUUCUCAAUUUUGGUAAUUGCUCAAGUUACCGAAUACCAAAUGACGAAGAGAAAGAUUUUUGGAUACAUAUGGAUGGUUUCUAUUACAGUAUUGGCUAUUUACUGUUUCGUGGCGUUCACUCCAAUAAUAUACGGAUUCGACUGGAAUAGAAGUGAAUGCAACCAUGCGAAAUGGUUUCCAUCCUGGGAUUUUAAUUGUAUGUCGUAUACCCACUAG